CAAGCGCAGUGCGGCGGGCGGCCAUUUUCUCUCACUCUCGGGGUGUCCGUGGAGUUAUUUCCCCCUUUCCCCCCCCCCGGGCCCCGGCUCGGACCAGACCGGACGAUAACCCCCGCCCCAUCCCCACUUUCUCUUUGGCUUCGUUCGGUCGCCGUUGUCGAAAUAAAACCGAACGAGAGCCAAAAAAAAAAUUCCGAGCCUGAGCGACGCUCCCGCCAUGAUGAUGGAGGACGACGGGCAGCCGAGGACCCUCUACGUGGGGAAUCUCUCCAGAGAUGUGACAGAAGCUCUCAUUCUUCAACUUUUCAGUCAGAUUGGACCAUGCAAAAGCUGUAAGAUGAUUGUUGAGACUGGCAAUGAUCCAUAUUGCUUUGUGGAAUUCUAUGAGCACCGACAUGCAGCAGCAGCAUUGGCAGCAAUGAAUGGACGGAAAAUUAUGGGUAAGGAAGUCAAAGUGAACUGGGCAACAACUCCAAGUAGCCAGAAGAAAGACACAAGUAAUCAUUUCCAUGUAUUUGUUGGCGACUUGAGUCCAGAAAUCACCACAGAAGAUAUAAAAGCAGCAUUUGCUCCAUUUGGAAGAAUAUCCGAUGCUAGAGUGGUCAAAGACUUGGCAACUGGAAAAUCCAAAGGGUAUGGCUUUGUGUCCUUCUACAAUAAGUGGGAUGCUGAAAAUGCCAUUCAACAGAUGGGAGGGCAGUGGCUUGGAGGGAGACAGAUCCGAACAAACUGGGCAACCCGCAAGCCCCCUGCCCCAAAGAGUACAUCAGAGCCAAAUACCAAACAGCUCUCCUAUGAGGAAGUUGUAAAUCAGUCCAGUCCCAGCAAUUGUACCGUCUAUUGUGGUGGCAUAGCAGUUGGACUUACAGAGCAACUUAUGCGCCAGACAUUUUCGCCCUUUGGACAGAUCAUGGAGAUCAGAGUGUUUCCUGAGAAAGGAUAUUCAUUUGUACGCUUCUCAUCGCAUGAAAGUGCUGCACACGCUAUCGUCUCAGUCAAUGGAACCACCAUAGAAGGACAUAUCGUCAAGUGCUACUGGGGCAAAGAAACACCCGAUGGAAUGGGCCAAUUUCAGCAGCAAAAUCAGAUGGGUUACGCCCAGCCUUGGAGCCAGUUUGGCCAGUGGUAUGGAAAUACUCAACAGUUCGGCCAAUAUAUGCCCAAUGGCUGGCAGAUGCCUCCUUAUGGAGUUUAUGGACAAGCCUGGAACCAACAAGGAUUCAGAGUGGACCAGACACCGUCCACUGCUGCAUGGAUGGGUGCUAACUAUGGAGUCCAGCCUGCACAAGGUCAAAGUCCCAGUGUGAUAACCAACCAAGCAGGAUUUGGCAUGGCAGGCUACCAGACCCAGUGAGCAGAAAGGACUCUCUCUUCCUACCUAUAGCCAGUGGUUUCCUGCCACAGCGGACACGUCAAGCCUUUGUUUACUUAAAAGAUUUUUUUUUCAAAAGCUAGAUCAAUGAAACAUGUCAACUGCGUUGUAUUUAUUUUAAAAGGAAAGCAAUUCAUUUUAGAAAUCAUGGAAAUUUGUCUCAUCCAAGCUUCUGUCGAAAGAUGCUGGAUGUCUGCCAAUUUUUGUGUCCAGUUUUCUUCAAAACGAAAAUUAAAAUCCGUUUCCUGUGGCCCUUGGCGAGAAUAAACAAAAGCAGGGAUUUCUAACUAACGCUGCCACUUUUAUAAAAUGAGGCAGCCGAAUUGCACAAUAUUAGUCACAUGUUUCUACUACACAUGCUGGGCAGUUUAGUUUUGCAUUCCACAGAUUUGAUUUCAAAGUGUAAAAUUUAAUAAUCCUAUGUUUUCCACAUUUCUGUUGUACAAGGCCGUACUUUGUAAAUGUAGGAGGUUGUGCAAAAUGAAGAUCCCUUCGGAACAUGGAAAAACAAAUGUGGAGUCCCUGGAGCUCUCAGCAUGUACACAGCAUAGUUUAAGGCAAUGAAAUACUAUCGUAAAA